AAUUAACAGUCAAUAAUGUCUAAAAAAGUCAAACAGUUAGCAGAAGUAAUUGCUUUAUAAGAAAAGACAAUCGGAAAGCUAUAAAAAAUAAUAGAAAACAAAAAAUCUAAAUAAAUUGGAAAUAAAAAGAAUCAUAGCAUAAAAUUAGAUUAAAAAUAUUUAGUUGGGUAUUUCACCUGAAUUUAUGUCAGUACAAAUGCAAAACCUCCUAGACUAGAUUUUACUGAAACAAAUAGAUCCUUUAGAUGUCGACCUUCAAUUUCUUAGACCCAUAAUUAAUUGAGUUAAAUUUCAACAGACUAUAUUUAAGAUAUUUAAUCACUUCGAGGAAAAAUUGAAGGGCUUUAAAAAGAAAAAUAAGAUAGAUCUUUAUUCUUUUAGGAUAAAGAAAAUUGGAAUAAUAAUAAUAAUUAAUAGAAAAUAGAGCAUCUUGAAAAAUAAAUUAAAGAUAGAGAAUCAACAAUAAAUGUGUUAUAAGAGCAACUUGUUUAGGAAAAAUAACUCAGAUAAUAAGUAUAUAUUUAAUUAUAAUAUCUUAAUAGACCCAAUAAGAUUUAAAAUAGUAGAGAACAAUUUGGAAUAGAAUGUAUUCAGAAUUAUCAAGCGAAAUAAAAACUUUAAAAACUGAAUUAAGAGCUUUUUCAUCUUAACCUAAAAAAAGAUCAAAUUAACUAUUUUUUUAAUGA